AUGGCUCCCAAGGUCGGUAUCAACGGCUUCGGUCGUAUUGGACGUAUUGUCUUCCGUAACGCCAUCAACUCUGGUGACGUCGAGGUUGUUGCCGUCAACGACCCCUUCAUUGAGACCCACUAUGCUGCCUACAUGCUCAAGUACGACAGCACCCACGGCAAGUUCAACGGUACCAUCGAGACCUACGAGCAGGGCCUCGUUGUCAACGGCAAGAAGAUCCGCUUCUUCGCUGAGCGUGACCCCGCUGCCAUCCCCUGGGGUCAGGAGGGUGCCGACUACGUUGUCGAGUCCACCGGUGUCUUCACCACCCAGGAGAAGGCCUCUGCUCACUUGAAGGGUGGUGCCAAGAAGGUCAUCAUCUCUGCUCCCUCUGCCGAUGCCCCCAUGUUCGUCAUGGGUGUCAACAACACCGAGUACAAGAAGGACAUCAACGUUCUCUCCAACGCCUCUUGCACCACCAACUGCCUUGCUCCCCUCGCCAAGGUCAUCAACGACAAGUUCGGUAUCGUUGAGGGUCUCAUGACCACCGUCCACUCCUACACCGCCACCCAGAAGGUUGUCGAUGCCCCCUCCAGCAAGGACUGGAGAGGUGGCCGUACUGCUGCCCAGAACAUCAUCCCCAGCUCCACUGGUGCUGCUAAGGCUGUCGGCAAGGUCAUUCCUUCCCUCAACGGCAAGCUCACCGGUAUGGCCAUGCGUGUCCCCACCGCCAACGUUUCCGUUGUCGACUUGACCUGCCGUCUCGAGAAGUCUGCCACCUACGACGAGAUCAAGCAGACCCUCAAGGCUGCCUCUGAGGGCGAGCUCAAGGGUGUUCUCGGCUACACUGAGGACGACAUUGUCUCCUCCGACCUGAACGGUGACAGCCACUCCUCCAUCUUCGAUGCCAAGGCCGGUAUCGCCCUCAACCCCAACUUCGUCAAGCUCGUCUCCUGGUACGACAACGAGUGGGGUUACUCCCGCCGUGUUGUUGACCUCAUUGCCUACAUCGCCAAGGUCGACAGCCAGUAG